AUGAAAACAAUUGUAUUUUACAUACUCUUUUUACAGAACAAACUCGUUAAAACAUUUGUUGAGGGACCUAUGAAAAAAUAUCUGACCUUCCUCGAGAUGCGACUAAAAGAAAACAAAGAUGGUAAAGGUUUUCUUGUUGGUGACAAGCUUUCACUUGGUGAUCUUGCAAUUUAUGAUGGUCUGUCAUUACUCACUGCUUUGUUAGUUAAUGUGGACCCAUUCGAAGGCAGAUCAUUACUGAAAGAGCAUCAAUCCCGUGUCGGAAGUGUACCGGAAAUAGCUGAAAUGGGUAUCCACAAGACCUAAGACAAAAUUUUGAAAACAGAUCUAUAUGCCUUGUCUCAUUGCUUAAGUAUAAAUUUAUACCAUAGUAUUUAUGUAAAAUAAUUCAUUUUUGUGCCUAAGAUAAUAAACAGGAACCCAUAAGAUUUAAGACAAAAUUUUGAAACAAUUUAAUUGCUAUACGUAUAUAUUUAAUACUAUGGUAUUUUUGUACUAAAAUGCAUUAUGCGCCUACUGUAGAAUUUCAUGAAAACGAGAAACAAGAUUAAAUUAGCCUAAAUAUAA